CGAGGUUGUUGCUGACAGAGAAAUCCAGCAGGAAAGAGCAGCGUUCUUUAAUCUUUUUCCCCCUCUGAAGCGGAGGGGAACUUCAUUUCCCAGCAGCCCUUGGGUUUCCUCCACGCACGGCGCCAGCGCCCCGGCGUUCUGCUUUCCGGCGCUCUGCCUUCCGGUGCCUCGUUUACGUCAGUUUGAACCAAAGACUCCCAAGGUUGAGGCCUAGUUCCAGAACAUGGGGUCUCGGUUGUCUCAGCCUUUUGAGUCCUACAAUAUCGCUGCGCCUCCCGGUACCGCCGCCGCGCCCGCCAAGCCUGCGCCCCCAGCUACACCCGGAGCGCCGACCUCCCCAGCAGAACACCGCCUGUUGAAGACCUGCUGGAGCUGUCGCGUGCUUUCAGGGUUGGGGCUGAUGGGGGCGGGCGGGUACGUGUACUGGGUGGCACGGAAGCCCAUGAAGAUGGGAUACCCCCCGAGUCCAGGGACCAUUACGAAGAUGGUCAUCGGCCUCAGCAUUGCCACCUGGGGUAUCGUUGUCAUGGCAGACCCCAAAGGGAAGGCCUACCGCGUUGUUUGAAAGUACCACCAGUGAAUCUGUCUUCUGUCCCUGUACCCUGACACACAGAGCAGGCAUGGAAUUUAAUGGGUGUUCUGGACAGACACGUGUACGUGGACAGACAUCACUACUGUGGAUACUACAAGACUGAAAAGAAAAUCAUAUGUUGUCAUUCUCUGGCUAUGGAGUGUUUGUGGCCUUCACAGGUUUCACAGGAACCAAUAAAUCCCUCAGAGAAGUAAACAA